AUGCCUCCAACACUUGAUGGCUUACCGGAGGAGAUCAUCAUUGGUAUUGGAAUAUGUUUACCUAGAGAUUCCCUUGCAAAGCUAGCACAAUGCUCCAGUCAAUUCUAUGCUGCAUGCAUUGAGUUGCUAUACUAUCACUGUACUGUGAGGAAUCGGAAAUCGUUGAAGAUACUGAUCAAUACUAUUCUUAAAAAAUCUGUGAUUGGACCCAGCAUCCGUUGGCUCGACCUACGCUGCUUUGACUUAAAUGAGUUGAGUCGAGUACUCCUCUGGAAGACAACUUCGCUUGAUCUGUUCCAAAAGGCUAUUUCGGUGCAAAACAAGUCGUCUUCUUGGGAUAUCAUUAACUGGGCACGCGGUGUUUUGAUGGAUAUAUCAUGUUGGGCUUUGAUAUCAGUACUCCUUUGCCUCGUUCCAAAAUUAAGGGUGCUGGGACUUCCCUCAUUGGGAGAAGAGCGCACUCGGCAGGGAAUAUAUUAUAAGGGAGCUCAUUACGAAGUCUCUACAUUCAGUAACUUCAUUGCUCGACUCGCAAGAGACCAGCGAACUGAAUCUCCAGACAGCGCUCCUCUGAGGGUGCUUGCAAAUUUAGAAAGCAUAACAAUUUCACCCGAUUUUCACCAUGAAAGAACAGCAUUGGAUUGCAUCGUGCCACUUAUGAAUUUAAGAUCUGUGAAAAGAUUCAAGGUUGUCUUGAUGUGGCAUUGCUACUGGAUGAACAGCCGUAGGGUAAAAUGCAUAGAACCGAUACCCAACAUCGAGAGUUUGAGCUUCAUUUUAUGCUGGUUCAGCGAUGGCAUUGCCACUUUCCUUGGGCGUUUCACGGGCAUUCAAAGAUUCUAUUUGAGUGGAGGUACCGACAUCGUGUAUCCUUUCGAUGGAUUACAUCCAUAUGUUGACGAUAUUUUGAAAGGAUUAACAUCUUCGAAACACUCAUUAAAAUACGUCGACAUCAGCAAUGUUUGUCGUUUACCAGAUGAUCAGCCCCUCUCAUUCUCUCAAUUCAAACGACUGCAGGUUGCAAAGCUUUCGCCAUCUCCUUCAAUAUGGUCGAGUGUAAACACAAUUGAGGAUGAAUUUCGGUUGAUCAAUUCCUUGCCGCCCGGAUUGAGGAUUCUUGUAUGCAAACCGUUUUAUGAUCAAUACGAUUUUGUUAGCUUGGAACAAUUUUAUGAACUCGUCGCCAAAAAGGAAAUAUAUGUUCCCAAGAUGCGACAGAUUGAAUUGAUUUGGGACGAUGCUAAUUCCACAUAUGAUUGUAAAGAUUGUCAGAAACAUUGCGAAAUGAGCGAGAAAGCCCCUUUCUUUCUGAACCUUAUUGCAGAGUGCAAAGCAAAGAAUAUUUGUAUUUUCUCUGGUCACCCCUCAAGGAAACCUAGCCGCACCCCAGAGCCGGAAGACUUAGAAAAUACUCAAGGACUUCUGGGCAAUUUAUCAUAG